AUAUAUAUUUUGAAACGUAACUAAUUUCAUUCUAAAUCGGAAAAAUUCAUUACGUAAUUUGAUAGCUGAUAAGUUCAAGCUUCUCUUAGAAAAAGAAAGUGCGCGAUUUUGUUUGUUUGGUACCAACGUUAAAUUAAAUUUCCGAAAAGGAAAAAAAACUGUGCAGGUUCAAAAAAAUUUGUGUGAUAUGUAUAAUACAAGUGCUUUCAAAUUACGUUAGUUGAUUUGAUAAAUUUCGGAACGGUGAUUUUAAUUUUGUGGAUAUAUCAUGCUUAAGAAGACCAAUCGAAGUUGAUGAAGAAAAUGAUUCCUUUUUGAAAGGUAUGCUAACAGGCAAUAAAAAAUGGAUCGUUUACAACAACGUCGAAAGAAGAAGUUUAUAAGAAUGCUUUGUGCUUUUGAAACACUAUGGACUCUUUCGAUCACCCUUACUACAAGCUCAACAAAAGACUAUUAUUACUUGUAGGACAAUGGCCAUAUCAGGAAUCCAGUGAACGUCGUUUUCGCAUUUUCAUUGUGUCCUUCUCAUUAUUCAGUUUUCUUUUUACACAGAUAUUCUUGUUUUUUACUUGUAACGGAGAUAUCGAAAUUAUUAUCGAAUCUAUGGCACCUGUAUCUGCAGUAAUGGUUGGCAUCAUUAAAUACUAUACUCUCCAAUUUAACAGAGAUAAAAUAAAACAACUUUUGAAUCAUUUAAUACACAAUUGGAAAUUAUGUAGGACGAAAGAAGAAUUGGAAAUUAUGCAUGAAUUUGGAAAAGAGACUAAAUUAUUUACUUUUUGGUAUACAAUUGCUCAAUUGGUUCAUCUUUUCUGCAUGUGUUAUCCUGGUCAAAGAAUGAUAGAUUAUAGCACCGAUAUACAUAUUAAAGCGUUUGCCGAACUCAUUGAGUCUUUUUACUCGGUGUCGUUACUUCUACAAGCUGGCUUGAGUUUGAUAUGCAUGAGUAUCUCUUUGUUCGAAAUGUUGAUAGUUGUGGAAAAUAGAGCAGAAGCAUUUAGGUAUUUCAAUUUUGCAGUUGCUCAAUUGCUUCACCUUUUCUGUAUGUGUUAUCCUGGUCAAAGAAUGAUUGAUUAUAGCACUGAUAUACGUAUUAAAGCAUAUAAUGGAUUAUGGUAUGAAGCACCAUUGUCGAUACAUAAAUUGUUGAUAUUGGUAAUACGAAAAAGUUUGGAACCAUCUUAUUUGACUGCUGGAAAAAUAUUUAUAUUUUGUUUAGAAACUUUUGCAACGAUUUUACAAACUGCUACUUCUUAUUUUAUGGUACAUACACUCAUAAAAAAUCAGUAUCGAGUGGGAUUGAAUAAUAAAUUCUAUGACAACUACUCGUUUCUAUACAUUGGACGUUUGACAUCAAGAAAAUUAUAUACCAUUUGGUCUAACAUAGGACAAUGGCCUUAUCAGGAUAAGUUCGAUCGAGUUUUUCGUAUGUGCUUUGUGAUUAGCCUGCUGAUUAGUUUUGGUGUUACUCAGAUAUCCUUAUUGUACACUAAUGGAAACGUUGAUACAUUGAUAGAAAUUAUACCUCCUAUAACUUCAUUGAUAACGAUCAUCUCCAAAUAUUCCAUGUUUUAUAUAUCCAGAAAUAAUAUUAAAAAUCUUUUCGAACGUAUAAUAAAACAUUGGAAAUUAUGGGAGUCCAAAGAAGAAAUUGAUAUCAUGCGUGAAUAUAGCGAGGAAGGACAAUUGUUAACUUUUUUGUAUACAUCAUAUAUAUACUCGUGCAUGACGUUGUUCCUUUUAAUGCCAUUUUUUCCAUGUAUCAUGGAUGUAAUUGUACCAUUAAACGACUCUCGACCUUUGAGACCAAUAUUUAAAAGCGAGUAUUUUAUCGAUGAAGAUCAACAUUUCUUCCCAAUCUACUUUCACAUGAGCAUAGUAAUCGUUAUUGGAAUAACAGUAUUAAUAUCAGCUGAUAUCCUUUUGUUGGUAUUCAACUCACACGUUUGCGGUAUAUUCACAGCAGUGGGAUUUCGUCUGGAACAUUUGUUAAAGAGUCAAACUGAUUUGACAACUUUGUUAGAUCAUCGUUCUCGAAGGAUAUGCUUUGAACAUAUCAUUCGUACCAUUGAAAUACAUAAAAGGGCAUUAGAGUUCGCUGAACUCAUUGAAUCUUCUUAUUCGUUUUUUUUACUUUUCCAAGUUGGCUCGAGUUUGGUGUGUAUGAGUCUUUCUUUAUAUCAAAUACUAAUAGUGUUGAAAAAAUCGAGUGAAGCGUUCAGAUAUAUAGCCUUUGCAGCUGCUCAACUCGUUCACAUUUUUUGCAUGUGUUAUCCUGGUCAAAAGAUAAUCGAUUAUAGCAGCGAUAUAUGUAUUAAAGCGUAUAGCGGACUGUGGUAUGAGGCACCAAUCGAAAUACACAGAUUAAUAUUAUUAGUAAUCCGUAGAAGUCUCCAGCCAUGUUAUUUAACUGCUGGAAAAGCAUUCAUAUUUUGUUUAGAAAGCUUUUCGACGAUCGUGCAAACUUCCACUUCGUAUUUUAUGGUAAUUUCAUCGAACACAUUGUUAACAAUUGGCAAAUAUUGGAAACUCGAAAAGAAAUGGAUAUCAUGCACCAAUUUGCCAGCGAAGGGAAAUUUCUCACGUUCGGAUACAUAUAUGAAAACAUUAUUAAAUGAUAUUAUCAUUGAUUGGAAGAUUUGGAAUACUGAAAAAGAAGUUGAAAUUAUGAAGAUGUACGCUAAGGAAGGACGAUUUUAUAUUUUAAUGUACACUGGAUAUGUAUACUUUACCUCGAUAGUAUUUUUUAGUAUUGCCUUCGUGCCACGUCUGAUGGAUGUAAUUCAACCUCUUAAUGAAUCUCGUCCUUUGAAAUUACCCAUUUUAUGCGAAUAUUUCCUUGAUCAGGAUGAACAUUUUUAUUUACUUUAUUUCCAUCUGCUUAUUUCGCUAUUAAUCACUGUAACAGCUUUAAUAGCAGUCGAUACCCAACUUAUGAUCUUUACUUUUCACGUUUGUAGUGUAUUUGCGGUCGUAGGAUAUCGUCUGGAAAAUUUUCUAAAGGAUGCUUAUGGAAUAGAGAAUUGGACUAAUGAUCAAUGUAAAAAAUAUACAGAAAAUCUCGUCUUUUCCAUUAAAGGUCACAAAAGGGCUAUAGAGUUCGCCAAUUGUAUCGAAUCAACGUUUUCAUAUUCUUUGCUUAUACAAUGCGGUGUCAACAUAACUUGCAUGACCAUUUCUUUAUAUCAGAUUACCAAUGAAUGGGGGGAAGAAUUACCUGAAGUUUUACGAUAUGCUACCUUUAUAGUUGCUCAACUAUUCCACAUAUUUUAUACUUGUUAUGUUGGACAAAUGAUGAUAGAUCAUAGUGUUAAUAUAAGUGAAAAAGCAUACAAUUCAAUGUGGUACGAAGCACCAAAAGAAAUAAAUAAAUUAUUAUUAUUAAUAAUGAAAAAAAGUAUCGAACCAUCGAAUUUGACUGCUGGAAAAAUCUUUAUCUUUUGUAUAGAAAGUUUUUCAUCGAUCUUACGCACGUCGACAUCAUACUUUAUGGUACUUUCGUCAGUACAUUAAUCGAGAGCGAUCUUUAAAAAAAUUGUAGUUUUAUUUAUUAAAAUGCAAUUCUCUUGUUUAC